AUGCUGGCCAAGGGGUUCCCUCUUCGCUCAGUCCUGGUCAAAGGCUGCCAGCCCCUCCUGAACACCGCACGGGAGGGUCCAGGGCAUCCCAGGGCGCCCACUGGGGAGGGGGCUGGGAUCUCCACUCAGAUUCCCCGCCCCUUCAGCGAGAUCCCCUCCCCGGGAAACAACGGCUGGCUAAACUUGUACAAUUUCUGGAGGGAGAUGGGCUCACAGAAAAUCCACUAUCACCAACUCCAGAACUUCCAGAAGUAUGGCCCCAUUUACAGGGAGAAGCUGGGCAGCAUGGAGUCGGUUUAUAUCAUCGACCCUGAAGAUGUGGCCCUUCUCUUUAAGUUCGAGGGUCCCACUCCAGAACGAUUUUCCAUCCCACCGUGGGUGGCCUAUCACCAGCAUUUCCAGAGACCCCUCGGCGUCCUGUUGAAGAAGUCAGGAGCUUGGAAGAAAGACCGACUGGCCCUGAACCAGGAGGUGAUGUCUCCAGAGGCCAUAAAGAACUUCAUUCCCCUGCUGGACCCAGUGUCUCAGGACUUUGUGAAAGUCCUGCACAGGCGCAUCAAGCUGCAGGGCUCCGGAAAGUUCUCAGGGGACAUCAGUGAUGACCUGUUUCGCUUUGCCUUUGAGUCCAUCACCAACGUCAUGUUCGGGGAGCGCCUGGGGAUGCUGGAGGAGGUGGUGGACCCUGACGCCCAGCGGUUCAUCAACGCUGUCUACCAGAUGUUCCACACCAGUGUCCCCAUGCUCAACUUCCCCCCAGACCUGUUCCGUCUAUUCAAGACCAAGACCUGGAGGGACCAUGUGGCUGCGUGGGAUGUGAUUUUCAAUAAAGCGGAGGUAUACACCCAGAACUUCUACUGGGACCUGAGGCACAAGAGAGAUUUCAACAAUUACCCCUGCAUCCUCCAACGCCUCCUAAGAAGUCACAAGCUGCUCUUUGAGGAUGUCAAGGCCAACAUAACAGAGAUGUUGGCAGGGGGUGUGGACACGACGUCCGUGACACUGCAGUGGCACUUGUACGAGAUGGCACGCAGCCUGAAGGUGCAGAAGAUGCUGCGGGAGGAGGUCCGGGCUGCCCGGCGCCAGGCCCAGGGAGACCUCAGCAUGAUGUUGCAGCACGUCCCGCUCCUCAAAGCCAGCAUCAAGGAGACACUGAGACUCCACCCCAUCUCCGUGACCCUGCAGAGAUACCUUGAAAAUGACUUGGUUCUUCGAAAUUACAUGAUUCCUGCCAAGACGUUGGUGCAGGUGUCCACCUAUGCCUUGGGCCAAGACCCCACCUUCUUCCUCAAUCCGGGCAAGUUUGACCCAACCCGAUGGCUGAGUAAAGACAAGGAACUCAUCCACUUCCGGAACCUGGGCUUUGGCUGGGGUGUGCGGCAGUGUGUGGGCCGGCGGAUCGCUGAGCUCGAGAUGACCCUCUUCCUCAUCCAUAUUCUGGAGAACUUCAGAGUUGAAAUGCAACAUCUCAGUGAUGUGGGCACCACAUUCAACCUCAUCCUGAUGCCCGACAAGCCCAUCCUCCUCACCUUCAGGCCCUACAGCCAGGACCCACCCCAGGUGUGAUUAGAGAGGGUGGACGCUGCCUCUCCCACCUCUCAGGCCAGCAGGGGUGCUGGAGGAAGGUCGGGGUGGGGCCCAUGGCGGUUCUGCUCUUCAGUCCCCAGCCCCCCUCCCCUGCUCCUUUUGGGCCAGCUCUGGGAGGAGAAAGUUGGCCAGGGCACCCCUCUUUCACGCCACCUCUUCCCCUUCUUUUCCUGACCCGUGAAGGCA